CUCAUUAUUCCAGAACUGAGCGCAUCUAGUCCAUGCAACAUUCGAAGUAUCGCAAUCAUCAUUCAUUGCCGUUUUCUCCCCAGCAAUGACCUUGCGUUGCAACAAGAACCACCGAAUCAUGCCGAUGAAGGAUCGAGACUGAAAUGGACCACUCGGGUGGAUGAUAUAGUCUAGAAGAAUGAGUUCGAAUGAGCUCUUUGAUUGAUUCAUCAUAGUGAUUCUCUCGACAAACCGUUGAUCGCUUCGAAUGAUGUGGUGGUACAUCCUGAGUCCCUUUCGUGGGACGACUCAGCCACCGCAGUUCUCUGCGAACCAUCCUAUCCGGAGAGCAUUCUAUCGACAUGGCAAAGUCACAGCUCGACACUGGUUAGUCACUAUGCUGUUCUCCAUCGCCGUCGCUAUGGCCUUCUCCUAUCCGACCGUGCUACUAUCUGGUGAUCCCACUGCUGGCGUCGGAGCCCAACCUCAUCAUGUUUGGACAUCUGCUAAAAGCAUGAACACGACGCACACCGAUGCUGAUUUGGAGAUGCGUCAGGUGUGGAUUUAUGGAUCGCAUAUGAAAGCUUUACAAAAAGAUGUCCUUCAGAAAGGGCUCCAGAUCCAACAAAGUUUAUUUAGCGAACCUGAGAGAGAGAUUCCGAUACCAAAUUUGAGCGAGCAAGCCAUUGAAGACAAUCACCAAUGGGGUUUUCACUCCCCGUUAAUGUACUGGAAUAACUCUGCCCAGAGGUUGACGGCUGAUCAAGACAUUUUGAACACGAUCAAUGAGCAUAAACAUCACAGCUCAUCUUCACUUAACGUUAUUCUUCGACAUGCGUCCGUGUUUGCCGGGAAGAGGUUUAGUCGUCGAAAGCUGCUUGCAGCCGAUGCCCUUGUUAUCACACUCAUAAACAAGGUGGGAGAACGAGUGGGUUCAAGGUGGCAGGAUAAGAUGUCAAGUCUGACGCAGAACGUCUGCCCAGAUUGUACACUUUUUCCGCGGAACGGCGAUGCUUCAAAUCAUCAAAUCUACGAGUUCUCCUUCAUGCCACUGAGCUUGCGAGAAAACACGAUUCUUGCCAUAGCUUACACGUGCAUGGCGAUAUACGUUCUGUUGAGCCUUCGGCGAAUCAAGGCAUUCCACAGUCGCUUCGGGUUGGUGGUCACUGCCAUUACUCAGAUGACGUUUUCGAUCUCAGCGAGUUUCACCAUCUGCGGUAUCCUACACAUCAAUCUUGCUAUGAUUCCUCGAAACGCAUAUCCUUUCAUCGUUCUGGUGAUUGGUCUCGAGAACAUGUUUCGUCUGAUCAACGCGGUCCUUGCCUACCCUCCAACCAUGGCGACAGAUCUCAGGAUCGCAAAUGCAUUAGGCGACAUUGGACCACUGUCUGUUGUGACUGCUGCACAGAAUCUUUUCAUUCUUUCCAUAUUGUCAGCUGUGUUGUCACCAGGAAUUGCGGCAUUCUGCGCGUUUGCAGCAUUGGCCACACUUUUUGACGUCUUCUUCCUGCUCACCUUCUUCGUAGCGGUCCUUAAUGUGGACAUCCGCCGUUUCGAGCUGCAGGAUUCUCUUUCGGCCAGGCAACAUAGUUCAGAACGUCCGUCUCGGACAGCGCGACGGGCGUCGCCAUCGCAGCAUACCUGGUUUGAUGCAUUGAUGUCUGGUCGACUUCCCUUCAGCACGCGAAUGGCAGGGACCGCGGUCACAACGACUUUCAUCUUGUCGUUGAACUAUCAUUUUUUCGAGCGCGAAGAAAUGUCUUUGAGCCUCCGUCAUCUUUUAGGAUUCGCUCCAGCUGGCAUUCCAAUCGAUACAGAUCUUGACACUUUCACGCGCCUGCCGAUCAAUGCAUCCAUCACCCCGAGCGAGUGGAUGCGAAUGCAGGACUUCGAUGCUGCCAAGGGCGUUAUGAAGCUCGCAAAUGCAGGAAACCACACCUUUAUCAUGAAGAUCUUUGCUCCGACCGUCAUUGUCCUUGCCGGAGCUGACCGUACAGGUAGCCUCGAUGAGCGCGAGGCAUGGUCACUCGCUGUUCGGGCCUUUACAAUACAUCAUUUCUAUCCUGUGGCAAUUGCUGUGAUCUUCGGAGUAGCUUUUGUCUCAGUUCUCAUGAACUUUCUUCUUUAUAGCGAGCCUGACGAUGGAGCGAUUGAGACCGACGACGACAGCGACCAACACAUUUCCGUCGUCUCAAUCGGACUUCCGCACAAGCUCGAUAUAGUCCGACUAAAUGGCAACGAGAAUGGUCACUUCGUUUCUGUUGCUCUGGAUCGGACCAUCGCUAUCUCAACCCUUGAUCACUCCACUGGUCUGUAUAGUACAGCUAACGUGCCGACUGGUAUACUCGGGGAUCUGAGCUGGCCAAUCCGCGAUCUGUCGAUCGACGACUCCGGGAAAUGGAUCGCGGGCCAUUGUGCUGGCGGAAAGGUCUUUCUGUAUAAUCACGUCACCGGCUCGGAGGACUUACAUUUUGCGCCCUAUCCCGACCAGAGCCCUGCUCUUGUGUUCGAUUUUACCUACUUACCAGGAAAUCUGGAGAAGAGGGCCUGUUUCAUGACGCUCACAGCUGCAGGCCGCUUGACUAUGAGCUCACUCGAUGAUCACAUACUGACUGGUGUCGACGUAUCCGUUGUUCCCUUGGUCGGUGCAGCCAUAGCUGACUUCACACUCCGAGGGCGUGAAAUGAUCGUCAUUAAUGAAGAUGCCAGCGUGUUGUCAUUCGUCUGGAACAAAGCAUCGUGGGUUUGUCAGGCCCAGAAGCAAAUCGACAUGCCGAGGGUUACUUCUGAAAUCGUCGCUAUUGAGGUGUACAUGCACCGUGAGAAAGAGAUUGUUUCAUUGAGUACGCUCGCUGGAAUUGCUUUGUUGGAUGCGACCACGUUCGACGUUAUCACAAAGGUCGAUUAUUUUGUGGCCCAGCCCGGCUACGAUCGCGUCAUGAUGGGACCGCCGAGGAAGUGUGCGGUCUGUGGUGGUCUUGCUGUCCAGAGCCUGACUCGACUCAGCAUCGGUGAGGAUGGCCGCGAAGGUUCGAUCAACAAAUGGGAGAUCACAGAUGUGGCCGACGAUGAAGCAAACAUCUGUCUGGAGCGAAACGCGAUCAACUGCAAAUCCUUCAAAGACACACGAAGUCGUGUCAAGGAGUUCAGAGCCGCUGGAGCAUGGGCUGUACUGAACGAUCAAGUGCUACUCGGGUUAAGAAGAAAGGAGACGAUCAGGAAAGGGGCCGAGGUCGUACGAGAUCGACGGCAAGCAAGACAACAACUACGUUCGCUGGCGGCACCGGAGCAAUGGGAAGCCUACAAGAUCUCUGUCGACAACGGCCUCGAAUGCAUUGAUAUAGGGGUAUCCACCGGAAGCAGUUUCAUUUCGCAAAGCGCUCUAUACGUUGAGAGUGCUGGACCGGCCAUAACAUUAGGGGAGCAAGCGGUGGCGGUCGCGUUUGGCAAUGUCGUUCAGAUAGUCCAUGCAACCCGACGCACUACAGUUGGUCGACGAUCCAGACUUCCUUCUCUGGAUCGAAAUGCUUCAAUGACGAGGAAGACCGCCUCUCUUCGGAAACAGAAAUAGGUAUUGUGUAUGAACAAAAAAUGUACUCAUCCGGUGACAAGUUACGCGUCAGUCGGAUCUUGCGCGCUGGAUUGGCAUGACUAGCCUGGCAUUUUCCAACCCAACAUGCGUGUAUGCUGUCCGCGUAAUGAGGCGGCAAUCGACGUAUCU